AUGGGGAAACAUCGCAAACUCACCAAAGAGUCAGCUUCAGGAUUAGAAGCCAGUGAAAAGGAAGAUGCUCUUCUUAAAGUGCUAGCUGCGGUCAAAGUCAAGGAGUCUUCAAAAGAUCAAAAUCGCCUGAUUUUUGAAGCCCGAGCAGAUUGGCACGCCGUAGAACUUCCCAGCCUUCCUUCGGGAGAUUUCAGCGAGGCGAGACCAUACCAAAAUUCGAUCAAAGAUUUCCAAGAAUAUGCCAAAACCCUUCUCGAAGCAGAUAGUACUCUGUAUGCCUCAAAACAUCUUUCUGCGACUUCUUCACAUCGAUUUCUUGCCACGAUUAUGUCCUCUGGUACAUUAUCUGAUAAGAUUUCCGCCUUGACUUUGGUUGUUCAAGAAUCGCCAGUUCAUACUACAAGAUCAUUCGAGAGUUUAUUGGAUUUGGCAAAGAAGCGAAGUAGAGGACAAGCUGUGACAGCGUUAGGAGCUAUGAAGGAUUUACUGGGAGCUGGUGUUAUGCUUCCUUCGGAUAGACGUCUUCGAACAUUUGUUUCUCAACCUGGACUUCUCGGCACAUUGCAGGAAAGCACUACUGGCGUCUGGAAAUCUGGAGACCCCUUACCAGGAAAUAUAACCAAAGCACAUCUUAUUGCAUGGGCAUUUGAAGAUUGGCUCAAGGAGGUAUAUUUUGAUAUGCUCAAGAUUCUGGAAGUGUGGUGCAACGAUGAGGUCGAAUACGCUCGUACGAGGGCCGUUACCUAUGUCUAUGAGCUGCUGAAGGAUAAGCCAGAACAGGAAUCAAAUUUACUCCGGUUAUUGGUCAACAAACUCGGCGAUCCAGAUAAAAAGAUUGCUUCUCGAGCAUCAUAUCUUCUCUUACAACUACAAACUUCUCACCCGUUGAUGAAACCGAUCAUUGUCGACUCGAUCGAAAAUGAGCUUAUAUUACGACCCGGACAAAGUUCACAUGCCAAAUAUUACGCCAUUAAUACUCUCAACCAAACAAUUUUGAGCUCAAAAGAGGAGGAGGUUGCGAAAAAGCUUCUAAGCAUAUACUUUGGUCUUUUUGUAUCCCUUCUUAAGAAGCCCGAAGUUAUCAAAAUUACAGGUCCUAAACUUAACAAGAAAGGAGAACUCCAAGGAGGUGGUGCUGCUAUGGGAAAGAAAGCCCAAGAAAAGUUAACAACAGAAGAAGAAGCAAAGCUGGCAAGUGAAGAGACAACAGAGAAGAUGAUCUCCGCUGUUUUGACCGGUGUCAAUCGUGCAUUCCCUUUCACAAAGACUGAUGACUUGACCCUUGAGACACACAUGAAUACCUUGUUCCGAAUCACACAUUCAUCCAACUUUAACACCAGUAUUCAGGCUUUGAUGUUGAUUGAGCAAUUGUCAACAACAAAACAUCUUGCCGUGGACCGAUUCUACAGAACUCUCUAUGAAUCUUUACUCGAUCCUCGCCUGGUCACAUCUUCGAAGCAUGCACUAUAUCUCAACUUACUUUACAGAGCUUUGAAAGCAGAUGUCAAUAUCAAGCGUGUCAAGGCAUUUGCGAAGAGAAUGUUACAAAUUGUGACACUUCACCAACCCCCCUUCAUCUGUGGUAUCAUCUAUUUGAUGAGGGAAUUAGAAGUCACGUUCCCUGGACUGAAAACUCUUCUCAAUAAUCCUGAAGCAAACGAUGAUGAAGAAGAAGAAGUAUUUCGAGAUGUUCCAGAAGAUGGAGAGACUGCAGAAAUACAAGCCACCGAGACCCCAUCGAAACCUAGGUCAGAUACAUAUGAUGGCAAAAAGAGAGAUCCAGAGUACAGUAAUGCUGACAAGAGUUGUCUAUGGGAAACUAUUCCUUUCUUGGUACAUUUUCAUCCCUCCGUUUCUCUAUUUGCCGAUCGCCUUCUCAAAGACGAAAAGAUGCCACCUAAACCCGAUCUUGCUUCCCACUCCUUAACCAACUUCUUAGAUCGCUUUGUCUACAGGAAUGCAAAAGCGGCAGCUGGAGCCCCAAAGGGAAGCUCCCUUAUGCAACCUCUUGCUGGUGGUGCAAGUCAAGGCAUCCUUGUAUCCAAUCGUGGUACCAAAGUUCAACAAUCCGUCAAUUCAGAAGCUUUCUGGAGAAAGAAGGCAGAGGAUGUUGCAGUCGAUGAAGUCUUCUUCCAUAAAUACUUCAACCAAAUUGGUAAGGGUAGAGAGGCAUCUAAGAAGAAGGAGAGUAAGAAGGGCGAAGAUGGAGAAGAAGAUGAGGAUGAAGCUGAGGAUGAGAUUUGGCAAGCUUUGGUUGAAAGUAAGCCAGAUAUCGAGGGUGGAGAGUCUGACGAUGAUGAUUUGGAGAUGGAUGACUUGGAUAUGUCUGAGGACGAAUCUGAAGGUGGUGUUGAUAUUGAGGGAUCGGAUGAAGAAGUCAACAUCGAAGGAGAAGACGAGGACGAGGAUAUGCCAGAUGCAGAGGAAGAUGAUGGGGAAGGAAUAUUCUCAGAGGAGGAUGAUGACCUCAAGGACAGCGACGAUGAAGCAGGAUCCGAUAUGGAUGCAUUGUUUGAAGCCGAAUUACAGAGAGCAACGGUUCCAGAGAAGGAAGAUGAGAAGAAAGAGACUAGUAGAAGUAAGAAGAGGAAGCUUAAGCAUCUUCCUACAUUCGCAAGCGCUGAGGAUUAUGCGGCCAUGUUGGAUAAUGAUGGAGGUGAAGGUGAGGAUAUGGGAAUGGGAAGGAGCAAAUAG